AUGACUACAAACGGCCGAAGCGCUCCGAACAGCUCUCAAAACCAAACUCGGUCAAUCCAUGUCGACAAUGCUCCAAAUGUGCCCGCCGCACCGAGCUCUGAUUUCAAAGCACGCCUCGAGGUCUUUUCCACCAAGAUACCCAACUUUUACAUAGCACCUUUCUGCGGAGCCAGCGCUGGCGUAGCCUCUGGUAUUGUCACCUGUCCUCUUGAUGUUAUCAAAACGAAGCUUCAAGCCCAGGGUGGGUUUCGGCGGGGAGCAAAAGAAGUUGCCUCGGGGGUGCUGUAUCGUGGCAUGCUCGGAAGUGGAAGGAGGAUUUGGCGAGAAGAUGGCGUUCGCGGUCUCUACCAGGGACUAGGUCCAAUGUUGCUGGGAUAUCUUCCCACCUGGGCUGUUUAUCUAGCAGUCUAUGACCGGACUCGUGAAUACUUCUAUGACCAGACAGGAAGCUGGUGGUUAUCCCGCGGCUAUGCAUCAAUCACAGCUGGUGCAUGUUCAACGGUUGUGACGAACCCCAUUUGGGUCAUAAAGACCAGGCUCAUGUCACAAAGCCUUAAACAAAACAGCGAAGGAGUGCGAGCCCCUUGGCAAUACUCAGGAACAUGGGAUGCUGCUCGCAAGAUGUAUCAAAUCGAGGGCCUUCGCUCCUUCUACUCUGGCCUCACCCCGGCUCUGCUGGGACUGACUCAUGUGGCUAUUCAAUUCCCCCUCUACGAAUAUCUAAAGAUGGCGUUGACAGGCUAUGGUAUCGGUGAACACCCCGAUACCGGUAGCUCACACUGGAUGGGAAUAUCCGUCGCUACUUUCCUCAGCAAGAUCUGUGCAAGCACAGUUACAUACCCGCACGAGGUCUUGCGGACCCGCCUUCAAACACAGCAACGGACUAUUCCGGCACAAUCCCACGAAGAGAUUGCGUUCCGCGGCGGAUUGAAACAUCCACAUGACCGCGGCCGGUCGGGCGGCAUAUCCUCGUCAGACGGAAUGCCUAGCCGCCCUCGCUAUAAUGGCAUGGUGCGCACGUUCCAGACAAUCCUCAAGGAAGAGGGAUGGCGUGUAUUUUACUCUGGGAUCGGCGUCAAUCUGUUCCGGGCCGUCCCGGCCGCCAUGACUACCAUGCUCACCUACGAAUACCUGCGGAAGCAGAUCAAUAAGUUGCAGCAUGAAGGUGCGCUGAGGAUCCAGAUGGAAGAAGAAGCUGGGAGAUCUAUUUGA